UGUGUCAAAAGUUCAAAACAAAACGUCAGACAGCUGCUCAAAAAGACCAGUCGGUUUUCUAAAUCAUUUGAUAAUAAGUUUGAUACACAGUACACACUAUUGUAUUGUGCUACUGAAAUUAAAUCAAGUUAUAAUCUAAGUAGUAAGUAAUAAAUGUGUUUUUGAAAGUAACAAUAUAAAAUACUUAAUAUGGAAUUUACUUUGAACGUUUUUACUCUUAAUUGUUGGGGAAUACCAGUGGUGUCAAAAAAUCGACAUGAACGUUUUGAAGCUAUAGCUAAAUAUUUACAGGAGAGCUCUCACAAUAUAGUGUGUUUGCAAGAAGUUUGGAGUGAAAAAGAUUAUUUGUAUUUGAAAGAUAGCUUAAAAAUCAAUUUUCCAUAUUCACACUACUUUUACAGUGGUGUACUUGGGUCAGGUUUGUGUGUAUUCUCGAAAUGGUUGAUCCAAGAUGUCUUCUUUCACCAGUGGCCCUUAAACGGCUACAUUCAUAAGAUACACCAUGGAGACUGGUUUGGAGGUAAAGGCAUUGGUCUUUGCCGUAUAAAGUAUGGUAACAGACUAAUUAAUGUGUACUGCACACAUCUCCAUGCAGAAUAUCAUGUGGAUGAUAUAUAUUUGGCACACAGAGUGUUACAAUCCUACACAACAGCUGGAUUUGUUAACUUGACAACUGCACCUGCGGACAUAUCUAUACUUGCGGGAGACCUAAAUGCAGCACCUGGAGACUUAUCCUUCAAGAUUAUUACCCAGCUUCCACCACUUGUGGAUCCUUACGACAAGUAUCCAUUAUUGAAGGACCCGGCAAACCCGAAUACUAUGGGAACCAGUGAAACUGCAAAUAACAGCUACACAGAUCCUAAGACAGCCAAGAUUGCUCCUGAAGGAAAACGGAUUGAUCAUAUUUUGUACAAACUAAAUCCUGCUUGGGAGGCUGAAGUAAUCCAUUACGGCAAUCCAUUACCAGACAAAGUGCCUGGCAAAGAUUUUUCAUAUUCGGAUCACAAUGCAGUUUCUGUACAGUUGCAUGUAAAACCGGCCGACAAAUCAUUGCAGAAAGAAAACUCUACUGACGACUGUUUCGAUGAGACUGCAACACAAGCCAUUAAAGUUUGUGAAGAGGCAAUGGCCAACAUAUCGAAAACUACAACUCUGUACUUAACUUGUGGUGGACUAAUACUGAUGUUCCUAAUUGGUACUGUUGGUUAUUGGCCAAACAAUAUUAUUUACGACAUUCUAAAAUUAUUUAUCACUGGCAUUGGCUUCUACUACCUCAUCAUGGGAUCUCUAUGGAAUAAAAUGGAAAUGAACAGCCUCAAGGCUGGACUGAGCGCUUUAGAAAAUUUCUGCAGGACAAGGAUUGAAUCAAAAGCACAGACUGAAAAAUAAGUGUACUUACUGGAAUCGGAUUGCAUAUCAACGAAGUGUGAUAUAUAACAAUAUAAGGAAUGAAUUUUAAAUUAAUGGCACUACCUAUUAUUAUUAUUUUUAAGAAUUUUAUGAGGCUUUUUGAAUAUUAGCUUAUUUGAAUAAUUAUAAGAAGUACAUUUUUGACUAAUUUAGUCUGCAAAUCUGAAGUUCGGUAGGCAACACAAAAGCAACAACUGCGCAACAUUCAAAUUUCAAACAAAAUAACUACAGCGCAUGCACUGAGGCGUGGUACGGCGUUGCGAUUCUUUGUCUCUCUCGCUCAUUUACGUUGGAUGGAUGUAUGCUCAAGUUUAAAUGAUUAGUUAAAAACCGAUUACGGAAUCGAUGAUUUUGACAAGGGCUGCAUUGAAGAUUUCAUUGUAUGACAUGAUGCAGAUGAUUUAAUCGUGGAAUUAACUUCUUCAGCAGUCAGAAGUGGUUGCAAGAGAGUUCAAUAUAAUUUCAUUCAAGUUUUUCUUCACACUUUCUGUUCUUCUAUCAAUUAAUUGCUAUGUGCUUUUCCUUAAUUGAUUAGAAAAAGGAUUCCAGUCUUUAGGAGUAAAUCCACAAGACGAGAUCUCGACUUCACUCAGUGUUAAUCUCUUAAUUUUAGAUUUUUUUUCAUAAACAUUGGUUUGAAAUAUCACAGACCGUUUCCCUUUUGCAGGAAUUGCAGUCUCAUAAACAAAACACAGUAACAGCAUGGUUCGGUCCAAAGACCUUUCCUUUUAUAGACAUGAGUCGUGGUACCAUUAUCUACGUACAAAUUUUCUGCACAUCUUCAGAGCAAGUGUAUAUCGACGUUUUGUUUUGUACUUGUUCGUUCUACCAAUCUCAUCAUCCUCCUGCCCUUAUUCCACUGCUUGCAGUUUUCACCUCAGGUUCACGUCUCUUGGUUUCAGUUUAGAGGUGAGGGAACACUCAGAAUGACCAGAUAGUGCUCUUGCUUGUUUAGUAGCAUCUAACUUCAUUUGAAACUUUACAGAGAUCUAGAACGCUACUCUCAACCUUGAGCUGACGCUCUGAAUCUUGGUAGUAAAAUUAUCCAUCGCGACAGGAAAUUUUUCGCUGGCCCGUAACUUAAUGAAAUCACCGGCAAAAUAAACAUAGCUGCUACAUCUAGAGCGUCGCACUUUUUUUCUUUUCUGUUUUUAAAACUCAGAGUUUUA